ACACCUCCCAGCAUGCCGCGCGGCGCCCGCUCAGUGAAGGGAGGAAGAUGGUGGUCAGUGGGCAGGUUAAAAUGGAGAAAGAACAGCAGCGAAACACUAUUGUUUUCAACUCAUCAAAGAAAGAACUUUUUAAUACCGGAAGUGGGUACAAGUCAUUACAGAAGAAACUUCGGGCUAACUGGAAAAUACAAAGUUUCAAGGAUGAAAUCACAGAAGAAAAACUGAUUGGUGUGAAAUUGUGGAUUUCAGCAGGACCCAGAGAGAAAUUCACAGCUGCUGAAUUUGAAGUAUUGAAAAAGUAUGUAGAAGAUGGAGGCGAUAUCUUGGUGAUGCUGGGGGAAGGUGGAGAAUCUAAAUACGACACAAACAUAAACUUUUUGUUGGAAGAAUAUGGAAUUAUGGUAAACAAUGACGCUGUUGUGAGAAAUGUGUACUACAAAUAUUUCCAUCCCAAAGAAGCACUAAUAUCUAAUGGCGUUUUGAACAGAGAAAUCAGUCGAGCUGCUGGCAAAGCUGUGCCUGGAGUGAUGGAUGAAGACAAUAAUGGAAACAACUUACAAGCCCUGACAUUUGUUUAUCCGUUUGGUGCCACACUGAGUGUAAUGAAGCCAGCUGUUGCAGUGUUGUCGACCGGCUCUGUGUGUUUUCCUCUCAACAGACCUAUUCUGGCAUUCUACCAGGCCAAGAACAAAGGUGGGAAGUUGGCUGUGCUGGGCUCUUGUCACAUGAUCAGUGAUCAGUACUUGGACAAAGAAGAAAAUAGCAAAAUCAUGGAAGUUGUUUUUCAGUGGCUCACUACAAACGAAAUCCAGUUGAACCAAAUAGAUGCAGAAGAUCCAGAGAUUUCAGAUUACACCAUGCUGCCGGACACAGCUAAAUUGUCUGAAAGAGUGAGGGUGUGUUUGCAAGAAGGGGAUGAAAAUCCACGAGAUUUUACCACUCUGUUCGAUAUGGCGGUCUUUAAGUUGGAUACAACAGCUCUUCCAAAAGUUAUUGAUGCGUAUGAGCAGCUAAAUGUGAAACAUGAAUCACUCCAACUGAUACAACCCCAGUUUGAAACACCACUUCCCACAUUGCAACCAGCGGUUUUCCCUCCUUCCUUUCGAGAGUUGCCAGCACCAACCUUGGAUCUCUUUGAUCUGGAUGAAACGUUUUCAUCUGAGAAAGUUAGACUUGCUCAGCUGACAAAUAAAUGCUCCGACGAUGAUCUUGAAUUCUACGUUCGAAAGUGUGGCGAUAUUCUUGGUAUCUCGAGUAAACUCCCACAGGAUGAUCGAGACGCAAAACACAUUUUAGAGCACGUCUUUUUCCAAGUGGUAGAGUUCAAGAAGCUCAACCAGGAUCAUGAUCUUACCACACCAGAGAGUGGAAUCACUACUUUUCACAACAACUGAACCCAAGUCUUACUUACCUUCAGCAGAACCCCGAACAUCUGCACUCGGGGGCAUUUAAUCUCAGAGUUUGUUGACGGAAGUGAUCUUCAAAUAUUGUUAUGGUAACUGUUCUCCAGGUCAACAACUUUGGGAGGCUGAUGUUUAAAAGUAAAGUUUCUUUACUUAAAACGAAACUGACAUCUUUCCACCCUUCCUGCUCACAAAUAUUUGCCUCUGAUAUUCAGCAGAGCAUGUCCAAUGAUGGAGACUCCAGAAGCAUUAACUUACUUCUUCCGCAGUUUGUCAUUUGCUAAAGAUUAGCAUCCUUAUUCAAAAAAAUGUAUAUUUUUGUAUUCAAAGUUAUUUAAUCAUUUCUCUGUAUGAAGCUUCAAAGCAUUUUACACUAUGGUGUGUUACAUUUAAGAUUAUGGUCAUCCACCCAUUUGUAAAACAACCCCAUUAAUGUCCAUGUAAAUACAUAAUGUUCCUAAUCUGCAGUUAAAUUUAGGUCACUUGAAAAAAAAGUUAUAGCCCACCUGCAUAAUUUGAUUUGUAAAGAGUGAAAAAAAAUGAUACUUUAUCUUCAGAUGAUAAUCUUUUCUCAUUUAUGCUGCAUUGAAUGUUUGUUCAUAUUUAUUUCCAUUCAAUUAUAUUUGUAUCUCCAGGUUGUAAAUAGUUUUAAAAUUACCCUUUCAAAAUAUUUGUAUGCUGACAAUAAAUGCAAACAAAGA